GCCGUCUGCACACGAAAAUCGUCGGCGCGAGCAUGAGUCGGGUCAAAGCCAAGCCCAGGCCCAUGGAGACGGCGCCGCCAGAGACCAUAGACGCGCCUACGCCCGUGAGGCCGGCGAGGAGAUCGAUCGUCGCAUGGGCCCUCGGUGCCAUGAGCCUCGCUCUGCUCACGCUGGCAUGGCUGCUGCUCGUCCACGUCGACGACGUCGACGAUGGCUACUACCCGAGCCAGCGCUACGGCAACAUUGGCAACAGCCACUUGCCGACGAGCGCGCCGUACAUGGGCUACGGGCCCAUUGACGUUGUCUACACGUGGGUCAAUGGCACGGACCCGCGCUGGAAGCAGGAGAAGACGUAUUGGCACCGUCGCUGGAACGCCGAGAUCCACGGCGACUUUUUCAACGAGACCGACACGGCGGCAGUUUCCGAUACAUCCGCGGCUGCGUCCGAGAACCGGUUCCGCGACAACGAAGAGCUGCGCUACUCGCUGCGGUCGAUCGAAAAGUACGCACCGUGGGUGCGCCACGUGUACCUCGUGACCGACGGCCAAGUCCCGAGCUGGCUCAACCUCGAGAGCCCGCGGCUCACUGUCGUGCCCCACCGCGCAAUGUUUGCCAACACGUCGCACCUGCCCGUGUUUUCGUCGCCGGCGAUUGAAGCCAACCUCGACACGAUUCCUGGUCUCUCGGAUCAUUUUUUGUACUUUAACGACGACGUCUUCCUCGGCGCGCCCGUGACGCCCGAGGACUUUAUGAGUCCGUCCGGCGUCCAGAACAUCUACCUCUCGUGGGAAGUCCCCGAGUGCGCGCAGCACUGCGGCGAGCCCCUCCUCGGCAACGGCGUCUGCGACAGCGCCUGCAACGUCACGGCGUGCGGCUUUGACAUGGGCGACUGCGGCUGCACCGAGACCUUUCGCCCUGACGAUCCGCUGCAGCUUCCGCACGUCGAGUGUGCAGCGUCGGCCACGCCCGAGACGCCGGCACCCGAGACGCCGCCAUCGACGCCUCUUGCCUCAACGCUCGCGUCGCACCUCUGCACCGACGGCUGCACGUAUUCGUGGAUCGGCGACGGAGUUUGCGACCUCCGCUGCAACGUCACAGAGUGCGCCUACGACGGCGGCGACUGCGGCGUCGGCCUCUUCUCGCGCCUCCCGUCAACGGCGGUGCCGGCCAAUGCGACGUCGCUUACGCUCGCAGUGGCCGAUACCGCGCCCGUGCUCGUGGUCAAUAUCUCGGAGAUCUUUGAGUUUGUUGACACUGCGACGCUCGAGAACGACGCGCUGGUGCGCCACGCGACUCUGCUCGAGGCCAACAUGAGCCUCGUUCUUGUACUUGCGCGACCCGACUCGAGCGGCAGUGUGACCAACGCGACCGACAUUGUCCUCCGCGGCGCCCCGCUCGGCGACGAAGACGGCAGCGCCAACUUGACGCUGCACCUCGUACGUGGCCAACAUGGCAUGCGCCAGGGUCGGUACACGCCGCAGCCCGCGAAUGACUUGGACUUGAGCGAUCUGCGUUUGCAGCAGCAUGCGUCGCAAGAUGGUCGUAUCGACCUCGAGAUGCGCCUGCCGUUCUUUGCCGUGCCCGACUGGAGCGAGCAGGUGCUUCUCACGUCCAACUGGGUCGCCCACGAAGCGACACAGCACACGAUGAGCUUCCACGCGACAUGUCCUGUCAUCGCGCCGGCACCGGAGGCAGUGGUGGUCGCCGCCGACGCCGUCGACUGCGUUUUGGAAGCGCAGACGCUGCGGGUGCGCUGGUCAUGGGCCGUGCCCGACUCGACUGCCGGUGUCGUGCAUGGCAAAAUGUGUGUGUGGAACCGACCGAGUAGCAACUGCGUCGACGUGGCACUUGCAUACGGUGAUGCGCCUGUGCAGUCGCCGGCGACGACUACCGAGCCUUGGAACGGUCUCCUUGACGCGGGCGAAGAGUGUGUGCUCGUCGACUACCUUGCCCGCGCGAUCUGGCGCCGCUUGUCCGGCACGUGCGAGCCGCAGCACACCGAACCGACGAUGACGGACAGCCACGAGGCAGCGACAAGUGAUGCGGUGCCCACUGUGGACCCGUUCGUUCGCGACCAAGCGCUCCUCAUGUGUCGGCAGCUCGCCAACCGCCGGUCCAAGGCCGACGCGAUCGCCGCGACCUCGUGGUGGACACCGGUGACGGACGCGGCUCGGUUUCUCAAAGCCAAAGUCGGUCUCGCCAAUGUCGUACCGGCAAAUACGACGGCGUGGGCGUUGUCGACGCCGAACGUAGAGGACUGUGUCGACUUUUUCGCGCAAGUGGAGCCCGACGCAAUCGAAGCGUCACCGCUGCCGCCGAGAGAUGAUGACGCGGUCCGGUCGAUGGACACGUUUGGCGACUCGCUCCGGCACGUCAAUAAGCUCUACAAUCGCGUGUUUGGCAAGACGCCAACGACCGACCGCCGCCGCGUGCCGUCGCACAUGCCGCACUUUAUCCAGAAGAAAUUGCUCACGGAAAUGAAGGCGCAGUGGCCGCUGCAGUUCAACGCAACGUCGGCGCACCGCUUCCGGCACCCCAAGGACAUGCAGUUUAGCUUCUCGUACAUGUACUACGUGGUGAACCGCCAUGUACUGCACCCGCCGACGCUCGACGAGAUUUUCGCCACGUACAUUGAUCUCAACAAGGACGGCGUCAUCGAUGACCACGAAGUGCUCAGUGUCGCAUCGCUUUUGACGACCGAAGAGCACCCGUCCGAGGCCGAUGUCGACGACGUCAAGCGCUGCCUCACGCCGCCGCCGAUCGCAACGACCUUGGUGCAUGACGAGGCGCGACGCACCGGGCGCGUCACCGUCACGGAAACCCAUCAGCCGUACAAGACCCUCGAGAGCCUGAAGGCGUGCACGAAUGUGAGCGAGAGGCUGGUUGCGACCGUCCAGGCGCGGCGGCCGGUCAUGCACCGGUUCGUCUCGGAGAGCGAGGUGACGUUCCACAUGCUCAGCGACCAGUACCGCACGGCGUGGAACCAGCUCCUCAACACGCGCGCGCGGAAGACCAAGUUUGUGUGCAUCAACGACGACAUGAAGUACCCGUCCCACGCGGUGAGCGGCAUCCUCCACGACCUCUUUACGUCGCUGUGGCCGGACCGCUCGCAGUUUGAGCUCCCCUUCCACUUGACCAACAAGUAUGGACACGUGGACGAUAUCGCAGCCGGUCGCGUGUGGCAGUGGCAGCUUGCGGCCAUGACGGCACUGCUGCUCGCGGGUCUCUACGUGGCCUUUGCCUGGUACUUUCAGGACGAGACACCACCAACGACGACCGCGACGACGACCGCGACGACGACCGAGACAACGACCGAGACAACGACCGAGACAACGACCGAGUAGACGACUAGAGUUGCGUGAUUUUUAAGCAAUGGAAUCGAACCGUGCACAGUAUUGUCGAUGGAAGAG